CCAGGCCAUGCGUACUAAUAAGGUAAUUCUUAGUUUUGCCAACGACGACGCGAAUGGGUAAAACUACGUUGCCUUGUCUUCUUUUAAAACGGUAUCGUCAUCGCACGAUAGAAAUACCCAGCAGUUCUUUCCUUUGAUUGUGAUCUCGACAUCCAGUCAUAUUCAUCGGCGCAUAGGAAUGAUACUGGUGAAAUGACGGACAAGCUCCCCCAAAAUCUCCUCGCGCUCUUUGCGCCGCGCCCUCCCCUGCGAUGGGUGCCGCCUAGCGACUAUGCACCCGAGAAGCGCAAGACAGCAGCCAUCUCGGGGGUCGCCGAGUUCCUACCAGAACUGGCUAGGUACGGGAAGGAACACGAAUACAAGCCCACCGAAAGCUGGCUCGAAGCGCGCGAUCGCAAGAAGCGCGAGCACGAGGCCAAAAUACAUCACCUCGUGAACGAGGCCCCAAAGUCAUAUAACCCCAGCCAGGACCCCAAUAUUCGGGGAGAUGCGUUCAAGACCUUGAUCGUGGCGCGUCUGAGCUACGAAGCGAACGAACAAGAUCUCGAGAGAGAGUUUGGCCGCUUUGGGCCCAUUGAACGCAUUCGGAUUAUCACAGAUACUCAUGCGCAUGAGAAGGGUAACAAGAAACGUAAACCCCACCGUGGCUAUGCUUUCGUAGUAUUCGAACGCGAAAAAGAUAUGAGAGCUGCACUGGAUAGUUGUGAUGGCAUCCGUAUCAGGGAUCGGCGUAUCAAGGUAGACGUCGAGAGAGGCCGGACUGUGAAGGGGUGGAAACCCCGCCGCUUCGGCGGAGGCCUGGGCGGUCGGGGUUACACUAAGACGAUGCCGUCCCGACCCAUGGGGCCCGGUGGCUUCGGCGGCGGUGGCUUCCGAGGAGGCUUCCGGGGUGGUUACGGCGGCCGAGACCGCGGGUUUAGGGGCGGAGGCGGAGGCGGCUUCGGCGGCGACCGUGGCGACCGUGGCUUCCGUGGCGGCGGCUUCGGUGGCCGUGGGGGCGGCGACUUCGGCGGCCGUGGGGGUGGUGACUUUGGUAGCCGAGGGGGCGGCGACCGAGGGCCGAAUGGUUUCUCUGCCCCGUCCCACGCCCCUAGCGGACCGGGAGGCGGGUACGGCGGUGGUGGUUACGGCGGCGGCGGCCGUGACAGCCGGCGGGACUUCUCUGAGCAGCGCGGUGGUCAGGGCGGUGGGUAUGGCCGUGAGGGAGGUGGUCGCUCAUAUGAUGAUAGAUCUGGAGGCGGCGGCUUCCGAGACCGUGACAACCGGCGGACAGGCAGCAACAUGGACCCUAUCCGACCCAGAGACGGUGGAGCUCGUGGCGGCAGAGACUACGACCGGCCCAGAGACGACGACUCGCGGAAGCGCAGCCAUGAGGGUGGGGGAUACGAAGAUCCUCGGAAACUGCGACGCUAUUAAAGAGGCGAUCGCCCUUGUCUUGUGGUGGGUAUCUAAACUACUCUCACUCACCCCCUCGUCUCAAUCUCUUCACAUCCCUUCGCCAUCAAGGGUAAGCCGGUUCAUCAUCCCGGGCACUACA